CAGCACUCAUGGGAGACUCGAACGCUCCCAUCGAACAAAAAGCACCGUGGGAUGAGGUCGAAUCCCUGACGCGCGGAUGACCAAUAGAGUUGCACCCCAGGUGGCCGAGUCGGUUCCCAUCGGAAGCAAGCAUGGAUCCACGCCCGCUCACUGAUUCGCCAGAGGCCUUCAACCGUCCUUUGGCCACAGCUGCUGCAUCUGGACCUCCUUCAGGACAAUGCCGACCUCCCCGACGGUCGCCACACACCGUCUCGUCGAGCAACUCGAGCUUCCUCAUUACCACAAGCUAUGUCAAUCCGCCGAACAGCAUCGUGACCAACUAUCCUCUCAAGAGCCUGCUCAUCACCUUGGUGCGCCAUGGUGAAUCUCAGGAUGACCUUCGCUCCAUUUGCGCAGGCUACAGGGACAGUGCGCUGUCAAGCACCGGCCAGUCUCAAGCACGAGCGGUAGGCAAGUCAUUCGCCGAUGUCCCGAUCGUGGCCAUCUAUAGCUCUGACCUCAAACGAGCAGCAACGACGGCGGACGAGGUUCUACAGCAAAACAAUACCAUUCCCCCUCCGAUCUUGGUCCAAUCACAAUCUCUUCGCGAGCAAAAUUUCGGCCAAGCCGAAGGAAAGAGCUGGUCCAGCGUCGAACGGCAAACGCUGCCCACGGCCGAGGAUACGAGGACGGCCAAGUUUCAAGAUGGAGAAAGUUUGGAGGAUGUGAAUGCGCGUGUGGCUACCGCUGUUCGUCGCUUCAUCCUGCCAAGAAUUGAAGCACUUCGCAAGGAACCAGUAUCGGCCACGCACAAAGGGGCUGCAAGUGCAGUUGGAGGCAAUGUGCCGAAUGAUUGCCCUCACAUCGUUAUCAUCGCACAUGGUAUUGCCAUACAGGAGCUGCUCCGGGUGUUCAUGAGCUUGCAUGAGAGUGAUCCACCUGGAGGGCUGCAAGCCCCAUGGCCAGAUCCAAAGCAAAGCUACAGGCACGUCCGCCUCGAGAAUUCAGGGUGGACGAGGCUGGAAAUUGCGGUACCGGCUGCUGUGCCUGCGCCUGGCCGUGCGCCCUCAUCGAUGGGACCUGGGGCAGUCCCUGCUCCAACAGGGACAGGUGUGAUAGCGUCGCAAUCAUCAGGAUCGGAGAUGGAUUCAGGGCAGAUACAAACACAAUUGGCAGAAGGGUCGGUCGAUGCACAGCGACCCUUGCCGUCCGCUCCAACCGCUGGUCGCAGCACCUUUGUUAGAAUCCUUGUGCAAAAUCAGACCGACCACCUCAAAGGCGUCACAAUGCAGCUUCCAACCUCUGGCGGCCCUGCGAACAUGUUAAGCGGAGGAAGUGGAGCGAUCCCAGACGAGGGUAUGCGCAGUGGACUCACACCGUCAGUGUCGACUCCGAUGAUGAACACUGGCAGUCUCUCUGCAGGUCGCUCACCACAUGGCUUGCUUGCUACGCCUGCGUCAGCUAAAAGCUUGAGCGCAUACGACGGUCGAUUCCUAGCCAGAGAGAUUGAAAAGGCGACGAGUAACUCCGCCACCAACGAGUCCGCGAUGAGCAAUACCACCGGGGCUUCUGGUGGCCUCGUUCCCAGCCAGAGCACACCAUUACUUCAUCCGUCCGCCCUGCAUGCGUACAGUCUCCAAAACAUGCUCAAUCAAACGUCCGCCGCCGCCACAGAGCUCGCACAUGUAUCAACAAAUGGGCUCUCCUCAAUCUCAGACACGUGGCAAAGCAUCUGUGUCAAGAUACUGCCGCUGUUCAACGGCGAGGGACUGAAAGCUUCCUUUGACGAGCUCAACGCUCUGGUUGGAGUACAUGUGCGAAAGGUCGUCCAGCGCGGACCUGCGCGAGCUCUGGACACCCUGUCCGCAGAGAUCGCUUCCCUUGCCUCAUCGGGAAUGUACACGCUGAACUCCCGGCUGAGCGCGCUUCAAGGUGAAGCGCUGCUUCGCCAACUGGUCCGGGUCUGGAUCGACUACUUUGGUGACAUCAUCCCCAAUGUUGACGCCAGCUUCUUGCCCGUCGUCACGGACCCCGACAUUGCCAGUUUGACCAAGGGCAAAACGCCGAAAGCUGGCGCUGCAAUGGCAUCUCAAAUAGCUGCUCCCGGCAUUUCGGCUUCGAUGAGUACUGCUACUCCUCUUUCCAGCCUGCGGACCGAGCGGAUUGAAGUUCGCCAGAUUCUGCUUUCCGUUUUUAGAGACGAGAUUAUCGCGCCAAGGUACGAACAGCUCUUCUACCUGUUCGCCCACAUCCGCAACUUCAGCGGCGAAGGGGAGCAAGAUGAUGAUGCAGAUGAAGCGAGCGACAGCAAUCUGUAUCCGCGUCUUCUGCAGAUGUCAAACGUUGUGAACUCAGUACAGGGUGAAGGGGAGCCUCAGCAAAUGAUGGAGAGCCUGCUACGAGUCCUACGGAUUGGCGCCAAAGGCGGGAACGACUCCGAGCUCGAGUCGCUUGGCUUGCAGAGUAUCGGCGGAGCAGGUACGCAGGGUAAUCAACGCCAGAAUCGCCGAGGAUGGUUACCGCGCCUAGCUCUGAAGCAUAGUAAUUUCACUGUACCGAUCCCCGUUCGCAAGCGUGAGGCCCCGCCCAUGCAAGCCAUGUCGAUUGGCGAUGAAGAGGAUACGAUGGACGCGUCCACUCAGCAAUACAAAGACUUUCUGGAGUCAGACGAAUUCCUCGAGGAGCUCAAGAGCGGACAGAAUUCUCACCCGUGCAAUAAUCAAGCAUCACACGCGCACACAGAAAGCCGGCAAGGCCCGCGCCCGCCUUCACUGUUCGAUCCGCGUUUCUCGGAGAACGACUUUCUCAAUUCGUUGCGCAGUCCGGCGCAGAGUGACGCUCUAUCGACGCCGCAGCGACACACACCCGAUCUCUCCGGCAGUACGCUGCUCAGCAUCGGUGGGGGGCGCGACAGUUCUGACCCUACGCGAGCGAAGCCACAAAACCAAGCAAAGCCUCAGACACAUGUACAUGGGCAGAUUCAGACGCCAACGCAAGUUGGCCUUCCGUCGACUUCGGCGUACGCGUCAUCGUCAGUUAUUGACGUUGCGCAGCUGUCGUCGUCCUUUAUGGGGCUCGUCACGCCGAUUUGCAAGGCUGGGCCCGAAAUGCCACAGCUGCUCGAUGCAACAGCAUUGCGCGAGGAUGGCACACCUAUGCGAGUCCCAGUAUUUGGCGAGGAAGAGGAAAUAGAGAAGGAGGAAGGACAGGAGCGACAAGAUCAUGGAAGCGGUGCUUCUGCAUCCUUGCGCCUGCGGCAGCAGGGGCAACAGCAGCAAUACUCGCUUAGCACGCCGCACACCCCCGGGCGAAACAGCUCCACAAGACAUGAGCAGCAAGAAGGGCAGACCAAGGUCAGUACCACGCAAGGCGAUGGAACCUGCCGCCUUGAGGGGAGCUCCAGGGAGGACAACUUCUUGGAUGGCAGCACGAACACAAGCACUGACUUGUCCACGGCUGACGCUACCAUCUCUGCGACGCCCACUGCGGUCGUCAACGUGCAUUGAGUGUCUCGCCGCAAUGUGCUGCGCGUCCUCUACCUUUUUGCUUUCGCCCAAUGUCUUUGCAGCAAUGCCCUCACACACUGUAUCAUACUCAUGUCACCUGCAUGCAGAUAAUCACCUUAGUAAAG